AUGGAGUUCUGCGAGACGACAUUGGCAUUGGUCAGAUUGCGCUGCAUCCAACUCUACCAAAACCAAGGAGCCUGGCCAGACAAGCCAAUCACGAGAAAGCUGUCCCGACCUAACCAUCCAUCGGAUUUGCGUUUCAAUCUGGACGAAGAACACAUCGCCCCAAGUUUUCUCCAAGACGACAUUGCUGUUGAUGGUGGACGCCACAUAUUAUUUGCUACUGCACAUAUGCUUGACAUGCUGGGGAGAUCCAGAGUGUGGUUUCUUGAUGGGACUUUUAAAUGUGUGAGAGAACCAUUCUACCAACUAUUCUCAGUCUACAGCUUUAUUAGAUCAGGAACAACGGAGAAGCAGGUGCCCUUGGCGUUUGCUAUAAUGUCAGGGAAGAGGAUUGUAGACUACGCUGCAGUGUUAAGGUCGAUUCUUCGCAUUUUGCCUGUGACUAAUGUACAGAAGGUGGUGACAGACUUUGAAUCAUCAAUUUGGCAGGCUCUGCGAGAUGUGUUGCCGGAUGUGCAAGUGACGGGCUGUCUCUUUCACUACACGCAGACAAUAAGGCAACUCUUGUCACUACCAAAUCUUCCAGUUGAGCAUGUCAACGAAGUGUUCCAACGGAUCGAGCUUUCAGCUGGCAACAACCAGGCUAUCUUGCAGAUGAUGGAGUACAUUCGAUCUUAUUGGCUUCAGGGUAACGUUUUCACACCACAGGAUUGGGUUGUUUACAGGCAGAAUGUACGUACCAACAAUGACUUGGAGGGGUGGCAUCAUCGCCUUAAUCACAGAGCCAAGCGUGCGAAUAUCCAGUUCUACAUGCUCUGCCAGUUACUGUAUGAAGAGAGCCAGACUGUGUCAAUCAACGCCGAAUUGAUCUACAGAGAAGAUGAACUGAGGACACAGGCGCCAGCAGCUCUUAGGACCAACCAACGGCUUCACAAGCUCUGGGACGAGUAUGCCGCUGGGACUAGAACUGCAAGGACUUUGUUAAUUGCAGCCAGUCAUCUCAUAAGCCCCAAUGCUCGCGAAGCUGUUGAUGCUAGGGCUACAUAAUCCUCUUAUGAUACUAUAUGGCACAAGGGCAGAUGUACUGAAUGUAAACAUAUAGGCCUAUAAUGUUCAAUUAAUGACGUCUACUCUAAAUAUAGCAAUUUGGUAUCUGUUGUUAAAAUUGUUGUUAUUAAUGUAUAUAAGUUGACAUAAGUUGUAAAGUACAAAGACAAUAUUUUUGUAAUUUAAUUUAUAGAAAUGUAUGAAUACUAUAUUUUUAAUAUAAUUUUAACGUAAUUUUGUAACUAUUAGUGUUCAUUUUUAUUUGAUGUAGAUUGUGUAGUUUAGUUACAUAGGCUUGCAAUUAAAGGUUUUAAAGAUUAAAGAAUAAUGAAUUAAGAAUUGAUUUGUGACAUUAAAAUUAUUGAAAAACAUAUAUAUACUUGAUUU